AGUAGAUUCAUUCCCCAAUAAUUGAUGCACUAAUCAACCAGUAGUCGUCUCAGCUCAGUUUGAAUCACCAUCUUUGUGAGCCAAAACUUGUAUUUCUUUCACGGGCCAUCUUCAAAUUGCCGACACUAGCAAUGAAGAUUACGGCUCUGUUAGUUCUUUUCCUGCUUCAAUUCAUUGUUGCUUUUGGUUCUGACUCAGAUCCAGUCAUGGAUUUCUGCUUGCCCAUUUCACCAUCCAACCCCUUCUCCUGCAAAAACGCAUCUUUAGCCACAGUCCACGACUUCACAUUUUCCGGAAUAAAGUUUCCCGGCAACUUCAAGGAAUCUGGGUUUUCUGCCACGGCUGUGAAUUCCAAGCUCUUUCCAGGUCUCAACACUCUCGGAAUGUCGUUCGUGCGUGCCGAUUUCGAUGUUGGAGGCGUCAAUGUGCCUCAUUUCCAUCCUAGGGCAACGGAAAUCGCGUACGUGCUUGAAGGUAAGGUUUAUUCUGGAUUCAUUGACACGAACAAUAAGAUUUUCGCGAAAGUAAUUGAGAAAGGAGAGGUCAUGGUGUUCCCAAGGGGUCUGCUUCAUUUCCAGAUGAACGUCGGAGAUUCGCCGGCGGCUAUCCUGGGCAGCUUCGAUAGCCAGAAUCCUGGGUUGCAGAAGAUCCCUAGUGCAGUUUUUGGAUCUGGAAUCAAGAUGGAGCUUCUGGAAAAGGCUUUUGGGUUGAACCCCAAGGAGCUUUACAAGUUAAGGAAAAGGUUUUCUUCUAGCUGAUUUGCGUAGCCACGCAUCAAUUCUUCACACAAACACACGGAAACAGAAAUGUGUAUUGAAUUAAAAAAUAAUCAUGAAGUGUUGUGUGAAUCUGAAAUCUGAAAGUAUAAGGUAAGUGUUGUUGCUUCCUAGAGAUAUUAUAAUAUAAUCUGUUCAUUAUUUUGAUGGAAGCCAGAGAGGGAAAAACAAAAGAGAAGUUGCUUCAGGAAUGAUUAUCUGAAUCUUAUACAGUAGAAGAUAUGUUUCAUAGCAAUUCUUGAUAAUGAUUAUUUGUAAAAGAGCUCACCAGAGGAAGUAUAUUUGAAUGUUUGUAUGCCAUUCAAAAUUUCAAAUAAUUUGAUCUCGCUGCAUUGCGAAGUUACCAUAACUGUCUUCCACUUCCAAACUGGUCCUUCCUUUUUGUGUUUGUGUUGG